ACGUGACAUUACUUAGAAACCAUAAACAAGAUGGCGAGAAAGGAAGCCUUGGUCAACGACUUGAAAGAUGAACGUGUCCCACCUGCUAUACAAUGGACAACUGAUCACGUUUCAGACUGGAUAGAAGAUCUAGGAUUUCCCCAAUAUAAGCCAUGUUUCACAACAAACCAGAUUGAUGGAAGAAAACUAAUAGAAAUAGAAGCAUCUGCCUUUCCAAAUAUUGGUAUUACAGACUUUGAACAUAUUAAGAUAAUUGCUAAGAGCAUAAGAGAUUUACUACUGCUGGAGGAACCUGACUGGACUAGAAGUAUUUCCAUACCACCAAGAAGUGACUUAGGCAUGUAUCUGGAGAAGAAGAGUCAACGGGGGAAGAUCAUCAACGUGAUGACAUAUCAGCAGUUUCUACUGGAGCACAAGAAUGCCAAGUGGCAGCCCCCUCUCGCCAACCACUGCCUGCUGCUGCCCCAUGACCCCCCUCCCGCAGAGAUUACCCAGUCAUAGCACACACACGUUCCAUGAUUGGCAGGGUCCUACCGACAGCUGACAUUCUACUUAUCAAUGAAUAACACAAAUACAGUUGUUUACUUUUGACUGCCAACAAACCCAGUCUUCCUUUCAAAGAAGUCUGGACAUGAACACUUAUACCAUAUUAAUAAUGUUUUAUUUAUUACAAUAUAGCCACUAUAUUGGCAUCUGUAUUAUUUCUUGACGGUUAUGACUGUAUUAUGGCAGCUUUUGCAUUGAGUUCCCACUAUGGUAAUCACUGUUGUCAAAAUAUAGUUACCUUUCAGAUAUAGUAGACAUUCCCUGAUAGAGAUUACCACUGAAAUAGGACUGGCUGAGAUGAACUGAAAGCAGUCAUGAUACACUGAUAUUAAAAAAUAACUUAAUAUUGUUUUGUCCAAUUAUGUCAGAAUGACUUUAUCUAAUGACUAUUCCAUUUCCUAGGUUAUAUCAUGGCAAAUUGAACCCUAUAUGCUUGGCCAGUACCUGUUCUAUUCUAUUUGAAUCCAUACAAUGCCUUCCACUGUAUAACCUCCAAAGGUUAACGUUGUUGUCUGUCAAUCCCAACAAACAAAACACUCCCUUACAGUGGCUUCCUGGAGUUGGUAACUGUUAGUGCCAGUAGGUGCCACAAUGUGUUAUCUACAUUAUCAGGGUGAUUAUUGUGUACCAAGAUUAUUAAUAGUGAAGUCUUUGGUGAGAAGUCUUCUCAUUGAAGAUCCUUAUGUAUAGGAUUUUUUUUCUCGAAGUAAAUGUUCUUUUUUUCCCAGUUUAUGAAUGUAUUGUGUUGUUGUCAAUAAAAUUUUAUCUUAUGUGUAGAGUA